GAGAAAUAGGGGGGCGUGUGAUCGUAGAGGGGUCGUAAGGGCGAAAGAAGGGGUAGCGAGAGGAACAGACACGGAAAUACGGAGGCACCGUGUCGCUAGCCUCUGCGGCAAAUCUGCAGGUUUCGCGUUACGUGUGCGUGAGUUCGUGAGGAUUUUCGCGAUCCUGAGACCAGUGCGAAGGGAGAGACCGAGAUUUCGCGCGGGGCAGUGGAAAAACUGGAACGCGUUCGUCUUUGUGAUCUCGCAGAAGGCUUGCCCCGCGGAGGAUGAAAAUGUUCGAUGGACGCAGCAUCCGUCGUCUCGUGUUCUCGCCUAGGAGACCGGCCAGGGAAGGAUAGCGGACCAACGAGGAGGAGUUCGCGAGCCAGCAGCGGUGUUAUCGUCUCGCGCGAGCAGAUUGAUUGAUCGCUCCGACGAGAGGAUAAUAGAAAAGUGGUCGUCGAUGCCAGUCGACGACCCCGCUCGCCAGGUGGGGGGUGUCCUCUCGUGAGAACGAGCGAACACACGUUCACGGUACGCGUGGAGAGGAAGCUGAUAAGUGCGACCGAGCCUCGUACGUCGGUCCGUUUCCACUGGUUUCUCCACGGGCUUCGUUCCUACAUUUGUGCGGUGUUCAAUCAAUCAACCGUGCACGGAAUCGUCUGAUCCCACCUACACACACCGAUUGCUCGUCGGUGUCGUUCGGUUUGCUCGCGAGUACGCUCGCCUCGAUAAGCUCGGCGAUAAACAAAAGGACGAGAGGACCGGAUCGAAGGACAUACGCGAGACCGCGAAGAGGUGAAGAGUGCGAUACAGUGUGGUAUCUCGCGUUUAAUAUUUCAACGAGUCAGUGGUGCGAGUCAGCGAUUGGUCAGACCGGGCCGGGCCGUGAGAGGAACCCACCGGAUUUUUCGUCGCGUCUGCAGAUUCUAGCUGCAAGUACGUACGUGCAGUGUGUAAGCGAAUUUGCCGCGGUCGAUGCACUCGAAGAGAGCUCGUUCGGGGGAGAACUCGAGUCGACACGUACACGACACGUAGAGAGGACCAGUCGAUUCGAGUAAUCGAGCGUCGAAUCGAACCCGGAGCUGCCUGCCCGCCCUCGAUUGCUCAACGAAUCUGUCACCCUGACCGCGAAUCAGUUCUGUGGCGGCGCGGGUGGGAUUUGUGAUUGGUAAAAGUGGGCCACAUCAGCAGCGUGCGGAGCGACCAGCCACGGCGGCUUAAUCAGAAUGAAAUCUAAGAGGUCCCGGGCAACAAUGGCUUUGUGAUGCUCGAAGGAGGACCCCGGUCGGCGAAAUGAAAGCCCCUGAGAAACAAUGGAAGCGUCCACGCAGGCAUGACGGCCCCAUUCAGAUUCGCAGACGGCAUGCUUAGUGCCGGCCGAACCAGACGCUCAAAUCUGUAAUCAACGAGUGGAGGAUCGACAGGGACAAUGCUAGGGGUAAGGCACCAUCCCCUGCAAGGGCGAAUCUUCUUGGCCAUAUUCUUCCUGCUCGGCUCGUUCGCGUUACUCUCGAAGGCAGCCGCGUUCCCAGAUUGGACCGACUGUCCAGCCGUAUGCCGCUGCAAGUGGACGUCCGGCAAGAAGUCGGCCCUAUGCCCGGACGCCGGCCUGACCUCGCUACCAGCUUCCCUGGACCCGGACAUGCAGGUGCUCGACCUGUCCGGUAACAAGAUCCCCGCGCUCCAAUCGGAGGUUUUCAAGCGUUCCGGGCUGCUGAAUCUCCAGAGAGUCUUCCUGAGGAACGCGGGCAUCCAUCAGAUCCACGCGGACUCGUUCAAGGACAUGAGGAUCCUCGUGGAGAUCGAUCUGUCCGACAACCACGUGUCGUCGCUCGAGCCGGGAACGUUUCAAGGCAACGAGAGACUGAGGAUUCUGAUCUUAAGCGGAAAUCCGUUGGGGAAUUUGAAGAGCCACCAGUUUCCUAUGCUUCAGCAUUUGAGAAACUUGGAAUUGCAGAGGUGUUCAUUAACACAGAUAAACGGCGAGGCGUUCAUCCACCUGACAGGAUUAGAAUCUUUGAGGCUAGACCAGAAUCGACUUGAGUAUCUCGAAGUAUCUGUUAUAUCCAGUCUGCCGAGAUUGAAAACUUUGACUCUGGACGGAAAUCAGUGGAGCUGCGACUGCCGACUGCGAAAUUUCCGAAGCUGGCUAAUCCCGAACGGGCCUAGUAAACUGUAUUCCGUGCCUCAAUCUUGUUCGUCGCCGUUGAGGCUCGAAGGUCGCAAAUGGGAAGACGUGAAACCGACCGAGUUCGCUUGCGAACCCGAAGUGUUUGUACUGGCUAGCAGCAUCCAAGAGGAGACUAACGGAAAUUUAAGCCUAGCCUGUCUCGCUACCGGAGAUCCCGAACCCGAGGUCUGGUGGCAACUGAACGGUGGUCCUGUAAACGCGACUAAGCUGACCGACCAGAUUUACUCGGGCACGUACGUGGUCUACACGACGUCCGAAGUCAACUACAACGAACGAUCGUCUUCUAAAAUGAUCGACAGGUGGAACAACUUGACCGUUUACAACGCUAGUGACGGGGACGCAGGGGAGUAUUCCUGUUUCGCGAAGAACAUUGCUGGUCUCGCGAUGGACACAGUCAGCAUAACUAUUCCUCGGGUGUACACGGCACCCACGCUCUCCCAGAGCGACAACUGGCUGCUCUGGGUGAGCCUGGCAGGAGGUGGAGCGGCCGCGUUGUGUGCUUCCAUUUCGGCGGUUCUGUUGGUCUUGUGCGUGUGCGGUGGGUCUCGUCGACAAAGCGCUCGUGAGAAGGUCAAGCUCCAGGGCAGCACCAGCUUCGGUGAUCAAGAGAAGAAGCUGCUGGACCUGUCCGUGACUACGACGACUCCUGGUAAUAGCAAUGAUCGAGGCAGCGGUCACGGGAGUUUAGUGGAAGCCUGCAGCACAGGUGAUCUCGAGUUAGCGGAGAGAAGCUCUUUGUGCGAUCCCAUGGGAGCGGCCACCGUCACCGUGGAGAGGCUUCGUCCGGAGGUCAGUGCCGGAUCCGUGAGUGUCAUGAGGUCGGUCCCGUGCACCGCCGUGUUUCCACCACCGCCUCCGGAGUUCACGAGCGGCGUUCUCCCGGCCGGUGUCUUCGGGAACAUCUUCAUCUCCGUGUCAGUGCCGCAAGACUCCUCGGAACGUUGUUACCCGGACCUCCUGGAUCUUCCAGUUCACGGCUCUUCGGUGAGCAAAGCUACUGGAGUGCUUCCAUCGGCUAGCAGCGUGUCCAGUUUCGCCACGCUUCCUCGACGGGCGUUGCGAUCUAGCGACCUGUGCUCGCCUUAUGACAAUAUGGGGCCGCGCGUCACGGCCAACGGGAGUUCCGCGUUCUCGCUGACGGACGUCGAUCUGCGGUUAUCGCCGCCACCGCCCCCGCGGAUCAUCCAACCCCCGCACGAGUUCGUUUCCCUGUGAGACGCGUCCCGGCCUUUGGGAGACUAGGCUCGCAUCUUCGAAACUCGUUCGUCGCUUUACCCGGUGUUCAAACUCUCGGCUUUCCUUUUUUAAAUAAGUUUCGCAAUGGAACGAGGCCGACGUAUAAUUUAUCGAACGCUCUGUUAAAUCAUUCAGAGUCUUGUCCUCUCGUUGUGUUCGGUUGUCGCAUUUUACACUGGUGAGACUUGGGUUUGCCACAUGGCGAGUGCAUACGAACGACGGAAUUGUUAACGGAGAAAUGUGUUCUGUAUUUAAAUUAGCCUGUGAUACUCGUGUCACUUGGAUUUCUUUGUUUUACCGACGAUGAGAUUCGAUAACAGUCCCGCUGCCAAACGUUAGCCGACGAAUAAUUAGAAGAGACUGUGUUUUGUACUUCCUCCGCUACUAUACUGUAUGUAUUAUAAUACACUGUAAUUGUUAUAUCGUUACGCGAACGGCUCACACUUUUUAAAUCAUCCACAUUCCUCGAGCGUAAGUGAAAGGAGAAUUGUAUGCAUACAGGGACCUAGAAAGUUUGUAUCUCGUGCGUAUAUUACAUGACGUCCGGCAGAUGUUAUAUCGAAAGUAGCAUAACAGAAAUAUAUUUGAUCGAAUUCAAUUCAACUUAUGUCUGUCCAACCUAAUCGAUUACGUAAGAGUCUCGAAACUGCACGUUCUCUUACGGGCCACGUUCGCCGUUUAUGUAAAUAGCUAGAAUUUGUAAGACUCGUCACCUUUUUAUAACUGCUAAUCAUAAUUUUAAGCGAUAUUUUUCGACGUCGAUCGUUUAUAGAAAAUCUAUUCUACUCAAGGUGUACAAUAUGUUGAAACGUUCGUUUGAUUAUAGUACUUCCAAUAGAGAAACUGCAGUUAUUUCAUUUCCAUCCAGCUUCCCAUUCGAUCCUCAACUCUAAAUUCACCUUUCGACCGACCGAUUCGAUGACUCGUAGAGAUCGUAGUCGAGAGGAGUGCAGUUUCGAAGCUAAGUCCCUCGUGUCUGUUCGCUUGUCUGCCUGGCUUGCUCGGUCGAUCGACCAACGAACGGUAGCUAGACUGUAACAUUUUUACGAUCCGGCUAGUUUCCCGCUGCGAUCACUCGCAAACGAAGAGGAGAGAAGCGUGUACAACGAGGAGAAUGCGUGUGCGAUUUUUUAGUACCUAAAUCUCUUCUAGUUGCCAAUACCCGCGGAUCCGGGCGAUUUGUAAAUAUAAGGAAGAGGCGCCGAUCCUCUUUGAACAAGAAUAAACGUUAUCUCCCCUAAUCAUUCUCGAGGUGUAUCACUAGUUUGUUACGUACUCUACGUGUGUACAUAUUUGUUAUCGCAGUACACGUAUUUAAUAUAGCGUGGCCGGCGCGAGCCGCGUCGCUGCCCAUUAUGAACACUUUGUCAAUUAAUAAAACGAUUGAAUUUUACACAUCA